AUGCCGAAAAAAAAUCGACCUGCAACAUCGGGCUAUGCUCGUCUUGCACAGGAGGAGGAUAGACACGAAUUCUUCAACUAUGACGAUUCCGACGAUGACGACCUUCAUGGAGUUAAUUCCAGCAACGUUUCCCAAUCUGCCCCUCGAUAUGCUCCCAUCUCCUCUCGAGCGCAGAUGCAAGCCUCCGGGCUUUCUACACCUCCCGAGUAUCGACGAAGGCAUAGUGGUCAUUACCAUCGACGGGGACGCAGGAAUUCCGGUGUGGACAUCAAGGCUAUCAACGCGCGUCUUGAACGUUGGGCCGAGGAAAUUGCCUCCAAGUUCAAGAUCAACAAGGUUAAGGGGAAAACACUAGAGGAGGAGAAGCUAGAAAUUUAUCAUUCCGUUUUCCAAGCUCCAGAGGGCGUUCGACCGGUCACUGCGGAGACACUUGAAUCCGAGGAGAUGGAAGGCGCCGUACGGCAAGCGCGGGGUGAGUUCGAAGAUGUGGUGGAAAGUGUGCGUGUGGCGAUCGAGUUAGGAACUCAUCCUCGCAUGAUCUCUCAGGGAAGUUCCGGUAGCUACUUCGCGCGCAACAGCGAAGGGAAAGUGGUGGGCGUCUUCAAGCCCAAGGAUGAGGAACCUUAUGCAUCUCGCAACCCCAAGUGGACAAAGUGGAUUCACCGCAACUUGUUCCCAUGCUUUUUUGGACGGGCGUGUUUGAUUCCUAAUCUUUCUUAUGUAUCGGAAGCGGCGGCUUAUGUCCUCGACGCGCGUCUACAGACUCACAUGGUUCCUUACACCGACAUCGUCUGGUUAUCCUCGAAAUCAUUUUUCUACGACUUCUGGGACCGGAGAAAAGCAUGGAUGGGCAAGAAACAGCUCCCUCCCAAGGUAGGAAGUUUCCAAGUGUUCCUCAAGGGAUACAAAGAUGCGAAUAUAUUCCUGCGAGAACACCCAUGGCCCGACCAAGCCAACACUGGAUUUCGUGCGGAGGAUGCGCCGAAACGCAAAAAGCGGCCAUGGAACGAAUCCUGCCGUCCAUCCGGGAUCCAUUCGGAUGAUGAGGAUGAAGAUGAAUACGCAGAUGGUGAUGUGCCAUCGCCAUCCCCACGCGAACAGAGCAACGAGCGUCGAUUCCAGUGGACCGAGGGGCUCAAACAAUCGUUCAGAGAAGCAUUGGAGAAACUUGUUAUUCUUGACUACAUUAUGCGCAACACAGACCGUGGUCUGGAUAAUUGGAUGAUCAAAAUCGACUCUUUUUCGGAAGAGGUCUCUAUUGUCGCUGAUCCUCCGAAGUCAAACGGGAACAGCCCACAGCCGGGUAAUGACGAGGACGAUGACUACUUGCGCCCAGCACAACCUGUUUCCUUGAACCCAAAUCAAAACCAAAGUACCAGCGCACCGUAUCCUUACAAACGUCACGAAACCAUGGUUGCUAUUAGCCGCACCGGGACACCUUUGAGCGGACAACAAGAACCGCCAGUUUCGAUUCAGAUUGGAGCCAUUGACAAUAGUUUGUCAUGGCCAUGGAAGCAUCCUGACGCAUGGCGAAGUUUCCCCUUCGGAUGGCUAUUCCUUCCCGUCUCCUUGAUCGGACAACCGUUUUCGCAACGAACGAGGGAUCAUUUCUUACCGCUUCUGACUUCGACAGCAUGGUGGAGUGGCACACAAAUGGCUCUCCGGAAAAUAUUCGCGCAGGACGAUGAUUUCAAGGAGAGCAUGUUUGCCCGACAAAUGGCCGUCAUGAAGGGUCAAGCUUGGAAUGUCGUAGAGACUUUGAAGCAUCCGGACCAUGGUCCUUUGGAACUGACAAGGCGGACGCGGGUGUGUGUCUGGGAUGACUUGGUGGAUGUUCCAGUUGCAAUUCCUCUCCGCGCCCCGUCGACGGACGCACAAAAACGCAAAGCGCGACAAUACGACCCCGAUAAUGAGGAGAUGGACAUCGGUGCGGCCAUGUCGUUGCAAUCCGACCAUGAUCUCUUAGGUCUCGGAUCCCCCUCAAGUGAACUUCCCAACCCGAAUCGGUUCGAACUUGCCCGUGAUCGGGGCGAAUCCAGUAAGCUGGGCGGCAGUCCUGCAACGAUCGAUGCGCAUGAAGUCAACAGGGAUAGUAUUGACGGACUUAGCACCAACGGGAGAGACCUAGACAGGAGCUGGGCUACUCUCCCUCCUCGGCCCCAUGCCAAAUCUGCCAGCAUUGGCGGUCACCGCAAGAAUGACUCACUUUCCACUGUCCGCAACCAAGCGGCCUUUGUCUUUGGUAGCGAUGACCUGGAAGGUGACCUGGGUUACGCUGCCGCAGAAGGUAUGGAAGGGAACCAACGCAAGGUCAUUGUGGAACGUUUGGAGGCUGUCAAGAGCAAGAACCCGCCUGUCUCGGAUACCUGCAUAAGUGAGAAGCAAAGCAAAACAAUCAUGGCAUCCCACGCGGCCAUGCUCCUGGACCCGCGAGCCUACAGGAAGCAGAUCCAGACAAACGGUAAUAAUGGCCCUGGAUAUAACCCCUCUGGUCCUUCAAAUCUACACGACGAUGCGACUUCCGCCAAGGGCCCUGACAUUGAUGGCACUUUGUUCUUCCCAUCGCGGAUCCGUUGCCCCUCUCCACCCGAGAAUCCUGUUUAUAGUUAUUCGAGUUCGGAUGCUGCUGCUUCACAGUCAGUUGGCUUACACGAUGAAGGAACAACAGGACAGUCGGAUCCCGGUCGUCAGUCGUCGCGCAGCCAUGCGACUGCGCCCUCCAUCACGCCGCCAGGCACCGUCACCGCCACCCACCAGUUUUUCAGCCCCCAACGCCUUCCAUUAUCGAGGACAACCGCAAAAUCAAGGUCGCCACGACAGGAUUCGAGUCGGUCGAGUAGCGUCGGGAAUAGAGCGGUUGGGUCGCCACAGCGCGCUGUAAGAUUAGAACCGACAUUUGAUGUGCAGUUCGCGACGCCGACGGAUUUUGAGAAUGGGAAUAACGAGAAUGGAGCUAUCGAUACGUGUCAUAACAGCUUGUUAGAGGAUAUGUAUGGCGUGGAGAAACGGGAAAACCAGCCGCGCAAGAGGAUCAAGACCGUUGAUCCGUUUGAUGAGCAGCAACAGCAGGUUAAACGCAGGAACUUCAUAAUGGCCGGAAAUAGUGGACUGGGGGAAUGGGUGAAGGAAGACCAUGGCGAGUCUAAGCAGUCUUCCCCUGCCGCAAACAUCGUGGAUCUGACACUAGACGCUCCUAGUCACGGCGAUGAUGACGACCUGCAAGUCACUGGUUCCAAUAACCUCAGCGUCCAAAGAGUCUGCUACGGAAAGUUAGAAAAUGCGAUGGUUCAAGCGAUUAUGGUUCCUAGACCAGCUGCGCAGAACAUUUUCGGAGACUCGGAACACGACUGGCCAUCGUUAAAGCUAGGGGUGCACAGGGAAGCAAAUCAGGGCAACAAUCGGAUAGAUGUAUCUGAUCCCCAUGAGAGAAUAUUCGGAGCAAUAGACUGUAAAACUGCAGCAGUGAUUGUUCCCUUAAUUGAUUCUCCAGCCUUGAAGGUGGAUAUCACGGCUCGAUUGGACGUUCGAAGACGGUCACCAGAUGAAUAUCCAUGGGGACCCUGUUCCGCAUUCUACCGUGCAUCUAUCAACCUCUAUGGCCUCAGGAAGGACGCGGACAUUGUCGGAAGACAUCUUGGCCAGAAUAAUGUCUGGCUGGGGACUCCGAACUCUGUCGAACAAGGCGUUCCAGUAUUUAAUCCACAUGCAGAACGCCGACGUGCUCAAGCAUCUUUCUUACCGGCAGUAGCGGCGCGUGGUCGGUCGGGGGUUAACUAUGAAGUUCGAACAGCCGAGGAAGUCAAUGAUGCCGUCAUGAAGAUGUUUGAUCAGUUGCAGAGUGCAGAGAAUCUCCCAGAAAUGGAGCCUCCUUCGAUUAUUUCCACUCUGCUCCUGCGUCACCAAAAGCAGGGACUCUGGUAUAUGACGGAAAAGGAAAAACCGCGUAAAUUCGGUCCUAAGGAAGAAGAUAACAAUUCGCUUUGGAGAAUAGAUUAUCGCCCCAACGGGGCGAAAAAGUAUCGUGAGAUUAUCAGUGGCUUGGUCCUUGACGAGGAGCCUCCGCAAAGCUUGGGCGGUCUACUAGCGGACAUGAUGGGUUUAGGGAAAACAUUAAGUAUCCUUUCGCUUGUUGCGGCUUCGCUGGAGCAGGCUAGCAAGUGGGAAAAGCUAUCUCCACACCCGGAACUCGUUAAAACUCUACCAAACAUUCGCAAUACCAGAACUACGCUGCUGGUAGCUCCUCUCAGUGCCGUCAACAACUGGGUGUCACAGAUUAAGGAGCAUGUUGUCGAGGACGGCCUUUCUUACUACGUCUUCCACGGCUCGAACCGGACAUCCGACGUCGACAAACUGUCUCAGUAUGAUCUAGUGAUUACGACCUACAGCAUCGUACUCAGCGAGAUAUCCGGGCGUGGUUCAAAACGCGGCGGUGUGAGUCCUUUGACCAAAAUGAACAUGUUCCGGAUUGUUCUCGACGAGGCGCACACGAUACGAGAGCAAAGUGCAGCCCAGACACAAGCGAUCUUCAAGCUGAACUCUGAACGACGCUGGUCGGUAACGGGUACCCCCAUCCAGAACCGCCUGGAUGAUCUCCUCUCUGUGACCAAGUUCCUUGGACUAGUCCCGUAUGAUGAUCGAUCCCGAUUCGCGAUGCAUAUCCUUAGCAGGUUCAAAACCGGUGAUGCUACGGUCUUGGCAAGUCUACGUGUGCUUGUUGAUUCGUUUACACUCCGUCGGGUCAAGGAUAAAGUUGAUAUCCCUAUUCGCCAUGAUAAGAUCAUCACCCUCGACUUCUCUGAUAAGGAACGGCAGCUGCAUGAAUUCUUCCGGAAGGAAUCGAAUGUGAUGAUGAGCGUGAUUGCCGGCCAAGACCAGACGAAGAUGAAGGGCCGGAUGUACCACCACGUUCUCAAGGCAAUGAUGAUUUUACGACAGAUUAGUGCACAUGGAAAAGAGCUCCUGGAGCCUGAGGAUCGUGAGCGGAUCAAGGGGGUUAGCGCACAUGAUGCUAUUGACCUGGAAGAGGGUGGUGAAGUUACGACGGGGCUCUCGGAUAAGAAGGCAUAUGAGAUGUUCACGCUGAUGCAACAAUCAUCAGCAGAUGCUUGCGCAGUGUGUGCGAAGCGCUUGGAAGAGCCGAGCAUGGAAACCGGUGCUUCAGACAAGAAAACCGCAAUGGCCAUUGUGCUUCCUUGCUUCGAUGUCCUUUGCCCAGAUUGUUUCUCUGGUUGGAAGAAGGCGUUUAAGCCUCAAACGAAUGGGCCUUUGAAUGAUAUCAAAUGCCAGAUUUGCGAAGGAUGGAUUCCAGCAUCAUACUCUACGAUCACUUCGGCAGGCCUCCAGGAAUACGAAGUGAACCAAGCCCAGGCAAAACAGAGCCGAAAGCAAGCCAAGGCAAUUGGAGAAUACGAAGGACCGCACACUAAGACGAACGCCCUCCUAGCCUCAAUCCUAGAUUCCGCAGAAGAGACCAAGACCCUCCCCGAAGGCGAGAAACCAAUAAAAUCAGUCGUGUUUUCUGCCUGGACCUCCCAUCUCGACCUAAUUGAAAUUGCCCUCAAAGAAAACGGCAUCACAGGCUAUACACGCCUAGACGGCACAAUGUCCCUCUCCGCCCGCCACCACGCCCUCGAAGUCUUCCACAAUGACAACAGCACCACCAUCCUUCUCGCCACCAUCGGCGCCGGCGGUGUGGGUUUGAACCUGACCGCUGCGUCUAAUGUCUACAUAAUGGAGCCGCAAUAUAACCCCGCGGCUGUGGCACAGGCUAUCGACCGUGUGCAUCGUUUAGGGCAGACGAGGGAGGUCAACACGGUACAGUUUGUGAUGAAGGGGAGUAUUGAAGAGAAGAUCUUCGAGCUGGCAAAGAAAAAGCAACAACUAGCGGAUUUGAGUAUGAACCGGGGGAAAUUGGAUAAGAAAGACGUUCAGGAGGCGAGGAUGCAAGAGUAUAGAAGCUUGUUUCGGUAA